CAGCGCUCUGGUGGGUCGGUGAAGCCGCGUUUUUGGCUCCGGAGCUCCGAGCGAGAAGGGAAGCCAGCGCAGAGCAGCUUCUAGACAGCGAGGAGAGAGCGCACAGCGGGCAUAAAGAAGGCAGGAAGAGAAAAAAAUACUGGCGUAGAUAAGGAGGAGAGGAUAACUUGACGCAGGAAGAGAAGGCUGAAAGGGAGACCGUAGAGAUGGCUGAGGCGCCUCAGGAGCAGCCGCAGCAGCAGCAGCAGCAGGAGGGGAGGGAGGAGGAGGAGGAGAAGCAGCAGAGCCCUGUCGAGGCCACGGAGCCCGAUGAAGGGGCCGAGGAACCGAAGGAGGGCGCCCCGGCGACCCCGGCCCGAACUCUGCUGUCCAUGAGGUCCAUGAGCAGCGUGGAUCCCGACGACGACUCCCCCAACAUGAUCGUCUACCGAAAGAUUGAAGACAUUGUCACUCUCAUCCAGGAUGAAGAGGAGGGUGUGCCCAUAAGAACUGUCAAAAGUUUCAUGACCAAAAUCCCCAGUGUUGUUACAGGCACAGACAUCGUACAGUGGCUGAUGAAGAACCUGGCCAUCGAGGAUCCAGCCGAGGCCAUGCACAUCGGGAGCCUCAUCGCGGCUCAGGGGUACUUCUUCCCCAUCUCAGACCACGUGCUCUCCCUCAAAGACGACGGCACCUUCUACCGCUUUCAGGCACCAUAUUUCUGGCCGUCCAACUGCUGGGAACCUGAGAACACAGACUAUGCUAUCUACCUGUGCAAGCGGACCAUGCAGAAUAAGACCAGGCUGGAGCUGGCCGAUUAUGAGGCGGAGAACCUCGCCAGGCUGCAGAGAGCCUUUGCCAGGAAGUGGGAGUUUAUCUACAUGCAGGCCGAGGCCCAGGUCAAGAUCGACAGGAAAAAGGAUAAAACCGAGAGGAAGAUCCUCGACAGCCAGGAGAGAGCCUUCUGGGACGUCCACAGACCUGUGCCCGGAUGUGUGAACACGACUGAGAUGGACAUCAGGAAAUGUAGACGCAUGAAGAACCCUCAUAGAGUUAAGAAGUCAGUGUACGGUCUGGUCGAGGAGGGAACACAGUGUCAGAGUCCCAUACACACUCCCUCACACCACUGCAGGAAAGGCACCAAGGAGGAUGUGGAGAAAGAGAUCGUAUUCCUGAACACUCAGCUAGAUCGUCACUGUAUGAAGAUGUCCAAAGUUGCUGAAAGCCUGAUAAGCUACACCGAGCAGUUCAUGGAGUACGACCCGUUUGUGACAGCACCGGAACCGUCCAACCCGUGGACCAGCGAUGAUCCAUCUCUCUGGGACCUGGAGGCCAGUAAGGAGCCGAGUCAGCAGAGGGUGAAGAAGUGGGGUUUCUCCCUGGAGGAGGCCCUGAAGGACCCGGCGGGACAGGAGCUCUUCCUCAAGUUCCUGGAAUCAGAAUUCAGCUCAGAAAACCUGCGGUUCUGGCUGGCGGUGCAGGACCUGAAGAGGAUGCCCCAGCAGGACGUGGCACAGAGGGCGCAGGACAUCUGGGCUGAGUUCCUGGCGGAGGGGGCGCCCAGCUCCAUCAACCUGGACUCUCACAGCUACGAACGCACGAGCCAGAACCUGAAAGACCCCGGACGAUACUGCUACGAGGACGCGCAGGGCCACAUCUAUAAGCUGAUGAAAAGUGACAGCUACGCACGCUUCCUGCGCUCCAACAUCUACCAGGACCUGCUGAUGGCGAGGAAGAAACCUGAAACAGAGCAGGGGCGACGCACCUCCCUGGAGAAGUUCACCCGCAGCGUGGGCAAGUCACUGACGGGCAAACGUCUGACGGGCCUCAUGCAGUCGUCCUGACAAGGCCCGGAUGACGAGUAGGAGCAACCAUACCCGGAGGAGCGGCUUCCCCCCGGGGAGCAGUUGGAAAAGGACCCUGGGGUGCUUGGGCGUGGCUGCGGGUGGCGGGUGAGGGCGCCAAACGAGCCUCGACUGCCGGACCGGAAACCGCCACCACGUGUUUUUUUUUUAAAAAGAAAAAUAAAAAAUUCACCUCGGAGCAAUUCAAGAGGACUGACAUCAUGCAAUAAGUCACCAGACCUGACACCAGGACAGUGCUGUCACGGCGUAGAGGAUAAACAAUGCUACUCUUCUUUAGGAGGUUUCUACCCAGAAGCCCACGCCACGCCAGGCUUCGCCGUUUUUCUUCUCUUGUUGUGUUUCUCUACUAUCUACACUCAUGUUAAUAUGGUAGCUGAGGUGGCUAUCGCUUUAAUUUCUGUGGUAUAAACAUGGAAUGCUUGAAUGCUGUCAAAAUGAGACUUAGAGUAAUGCUGUAGCUAGCUGUUUUAUCUCACAUCGUUCACUGGGGUGAAACAAGGGAUGACGAGGGCUCACGCUCAACAUGUGCACUCUUUAACUGAACGUCCACCAACUCCGACUACGUUUACAUGGACAAAAUGUCAUGUUUAUUUGCUCUUAUUCUGGGGGGAAAAAAAAGACGUAUAUGUUCUUAAAUGUUAGUUACGGCUAAAAAUGGCAACACCAACGAACAAGUUUGCCAGUUUCACACCGCCGCAAAGCAAAUCGACUGCCAGUCUCACGACCCGGAAGUAACUGUUAUUGUUGCCGUGACGUCCAAGUGUUUUAGGGUGUCUGCUAGAAGAUGUUUACAUGCUUUCAUUUUCAAAAAAAGCACAUCAUGGUACCCAUGUCGUCCACUGCUGCAGCACCUCUGUUCACCCUUUUGUCUGAACGCUCCAUAUUUUUAGUGCCUGUCUCUUUAAGGCGGUGUGACGUUUUCACAGUAUUUAUCUGACCUGCUUUAUCUACAUUAAAAGAAAGGUGUGGAAAUCUCACUUACGAGACCUUAAAUUGGAAGGCGAUACUCAGAAUGAGACUUUUAUUAAAAUCAAGAAUAUUGUCGUUGGAUAACUAGUGUGCAUGUGAACGUAGUCACCGACACCAGUCAGAACUGGUGCUUUAAUGGUGGAGCAGUACAGCAACUUUUUAUCAUGAGAGCUUUUUGAUCAAUCUAUUAACGUGGGGCGACGCAAGAUUAACAACCUCUGUGUGGUUUAGUUGGUUAGAAAGUGUGUUUACAUUUCACAUAAUUAUCUUAAUUAUCAUUCAGUGGAAACUGUCAUUUACAGACUGAUUGACAACUUGUACAGUUUCUCCUGUAAACAUCCUGUCCUGCUCUGUGUGGGUCCUUCCUGGAAAACAGGAAAUUAUUUAUUUUUUUAAAACAUCUGGCAGCAGUAGGUGUUUUUGGAGUGUUUGUCUGAGACGUUUGCAGAAAAUCAAACGUAAGGUGUCGGUACAGGCACAAAAGGAUCUAUUCUACAUCUAUUUCUUACAUUACCUCACAUGAAAAAAAAAGAACUUAUUUCAUGUAUUUCCACUGCCACAGACUACUUUCAGCAUGCAUUUUCUCAAAAAAGAAAAAAAAAAAAGCCUUGUAACAACCGCACUGAGCAGACAGAGGUGUAAUCUUGUCGUCACUAAAAUCAAUCAUUUUACAAUAACAGUUGUACGACUUUAAAGCGCGUGAGCUGAUAUAAUGUCAGGCUUUAUUCUAUUCUUCUGAACAUUCCACUUCAGGCAGGCCGCGACGAGGUUCAGUGGGCUUAACCAUUCUUCACCUUAUGUAAAGAGGACCACGAUAAUAAAAGGGGAAUGCACAACAGCGA